UGGAUGUAUGGAUGACGCUCUCCUGCAGGACUCUCACAGACGCAGCAGUAGCAGGCGCCGCCCAGCAGGCAGACAGCAGACAGCAGCCCGGAGUUCAGAGUCAAUCGGCUGCACAUUGGACUCAUCAAUAAUCUGAGGAUCUACAGAGACGCACCAGAGGAACUAUCUCCUUUUAACGAGUUUCAAGGAUGAGAAACACCAAGGCAAUAACUUUCUUGCUGGUGGGACCUCUUGGUCUGUUGGUCCUCCAUCUCUGUAAAGAUUUUAUUGACCACAAAACCAUCCGCCCUAACAUAGAUGGGAAAGAGGAUGGUAUACAAAUAAGGCAACUCACCACAAAGAGCUCCUACGUAUACUCCUGGCCAAAAUGUCAACGAAAUAUCUCUGCUGCCAACAUCACAGGGUUCAGCUCUCUUUCUGGAGAUAUCCAAGACUUUCUCUAUUAUCAACACUGUCGCCAUUUCCCCAUGCUACUGGACCUUCCUGACAAAUGUGGAGGAGCCGAUAAAUCUGCAGAAGUCUUCCUUCUGCUGGUCAUUAAAAGCUCCCCUGUGAACUACGACCGCCGAGAAGUGCUGCGUAAAACCUGGGCUAAAGAGAGGUUACACAAUGGUGUGUGGAUCCGAAGGAUCUUCCUCUCAGGAACGAUGGAUACUGGUUUUGAGAAAGAGAGACUGAAUAAACUACUUGAACUGGAGCAGCGAGAGUACAAUGACAUCAUCCAAUGGGACUUCAAUGAAAAAUUCUUCAACCUCACCUUGAAGCAGAUACUGUUCCUGGAAUGGAUGGAAAGAAACUGUCCAAACGCUCACUUCCUGCUAAAUGGUGAUGAUGACGUCUUUGCCAACACAGACAUCAUGGUUGAGUAUCUCCAAGGCCUCAAGGACAAAAAUGGAAGCAAGCACCUCUUUACUGGCCAUCUGAUCCAGGACCAAAGGCCUGUUCGAUGGACAAAGAGCAAGUACUGUGUCCCAGUUCAGGUGCAGGAGUCAGACUCAUACCCUCCUUACUGUGGGGGUGGGGGCUUCCUCUUAUCUGGUUAUACAGCUUUGGUCAUAUACAAUGUGUCACAGUCCAUUACCAUUCAUCCAAUUGACGAUGUUUACAUGGGAAUGUGUCUGGCCAAAGCAGGACUUGGCCCUGCUUCCCACAUGGGCUUCAAGACUUUUGGACUGCACAUCCCCUCAAAGAAAGUAGAUCUAUAUGACCCUUGUUAUUAUAGAGAACUUUUAUUGGUACACAGAUUCCUACCAACUACAAUGUACCUCAUGUGGCACAGAAUACAGGAUCCAAAUCUGAAAUGUGGUAUUAAUAGACACUCUGUCUAGAGAAAAUUAUUCUUUGACUUCUGUAAAAAUUAUAUGUUAAUGAUUUGUGUAACUGGUGGAGUGUCAGCUUUGCAGUGAGUUCACUGUACUAGAUUAAUGUGUGGUAUCAUCUGUCGUACAACAAUAUGA